AACCCUAUUUCAGAGAACACAAAAAGGGUAGCGAUGGCGGAGCACUUGGCUUCAAUCUUCGGGACGGAGAAGGACAGAGUGAAUUGCCCCUUCUACUUCAAAAUUGGCGCGUGCAGGCACGGCGAUCGCUGCUCCAGGCUCCACACCAAGCCCAGCGUCAGCCCAACGCUGUUGCUAUCCAACAUGUAUCAGAGGCCCGAUAUGAUCACCCCCGGCGUCGACGCUCAGGGCCAACCUAUCGACCCCCGCAAGAUGCAAUCCCACUUCGAGGAAUUUUAUGAGGAUCUCUUUCAAGAGUUGAGUAAGUAUGGGGAAAUCGAAAGCCUGAAUGUCUGCGACAACCUUGCUGACCACAUGGUGGGCAAUGUGUAUGUUCAGUUUCGGGAGGAAGAACAUGCUGCAAACGCACUCAAGAAUCUGACUGGAAGAUUUUAUGCUGGGCGUCCUAUCAUUGUGGACUUCUCUCCGGUGACAGACUUCCGUGAAGCCACCUGCAGGCAAUAUGAGGAAAAUACAUGCAAUCGUGGUGGAUACUGCAAUUUUAUGCAUCUGAAAAGGAUUGGGAGGGAAUUGAGACAUGAAUUAUUUAGGAACUACUGGCGAAGGCAUAGCCGGAGUCGAAGCAGGAGCCGCAGCCCUUACAGGCAUCGUAGUUAUGAAGAACGCUCCCAUGGUAGCCAUGGUCAUAGCAGAAGGUAUGAUGAUGAGGAUCACUAUCUUGAGAGAAGGAACAGGACCAUAAGCCCUGGUCGAAGUAGGCAGGAACACAGUAGAAGCAGGAGCACUGAAAGGAGGAGGAGAAGGCAUCCCAGUCCAGUUAGAGAAGGCAGUGAGGAGAGAAGAGCCAAAAUUGAGCAGUGGAACAGGGAAAGAGAACAAAAGGAAACUGCAUCUAAGUUCAGCCCUGCCAAUAAUGGGCAUGUUCAAACUGAAAAUCAUGAGAAUGGCUACGAGUAACAACUUCAUUUGCAGCACAGCCAGAUUGAGUAGGGUGGUGUGCAGGUUAACACUACUGUGAUAUGAAUUUGAAAUGACUUUGCAUUCAUAUUGUGUGACUGCAUGCGUUUAGCUGUCAUUACCAUAUUAAACCUAAAACAACUGAACUCUAGUGUCACCUAUGAUAGUGAUAAUUGCAUUGUGUUUAUGUAGAAGCAGAGCUAACUUCUCUUUCCCCUUGAGGAAAGAGAAAUGCUCUUGGAGACCAAACUGUAGGAGUUGCUAUCUAUGUGUUUAUUUUUGAGUCUAUGGUUGGCUCAUCUUGGAACCUUCAAGUUGAAGCUUCCAUACUGCCACCCCUUGCUAGCUUAUAAACCAUUCACUGUAGUAUAAAGUUUUUGCUUUUGCUUCUGACGCUAACUGCCAGUUGAUGCAAAUCUAGAGAAACAAGGGAUAGAAAGAAAAUAAGUACAUGGAAAGCAACUGUAAAUAUUAUUUCCUCAUUGGAGAAGUUCUUUUAUAUCUAAAUCUGGAAAGUACCUUAGUUUUUUAGAAUGCUCUGAUAAUUAGCCAUCCUUGAACUUCUGAGUGAACUAAUUCUGCUUAGUUAAAUUAAAGACUGCCCAACUUAACUUUUCUUUCAGGUGUCGCUAUAGAUUUUCAUAUAGGCAAGUCUGGUGUUUUUUUUUUUUCCAUCUUUGCUUGCGUUGCAUACAUUUUAUAGUCGGGGGUUCCUUGAGCACCACAAUCAAAGACUAGUGGAACUAGUGAAGGAUCAGAGUAUAUUAUGGUUUGGGUUUCUUUUCUUCUCUCUUUAAUCUUUACUUGUAUUAUUUGCAAAGAUGAUAGUUGUGGUCUUACAUCAUUUACUACUUUUGCAGAUUGCAGCUUACCAUGGAAUUUGUUUACAGGUUGGCUUGUGCAGCGUGUGUUUGCAGGAAUCGUUGUUGUCUAAUCAUGGUGCAGGUCGGAUGUGGUGCCAAUGUUUCUUUUCAUUGUAGUUUCUGUUUUUGAUUCUGACGGUAUCGCUGUGGGAUUGUACUAAGGAAUCCCUUGUAGUAAUAUUUUCUUGUGGAGACGAUAACUUCUACAGAUUUUUAAUCCGUUGUGUAAGUCUUGGAAUGAUGACUGGUAUUGUAUUCUCUUUUUGGA